ACCUCCGUCUCGCUUCGCCUCGGAAAGCGCUCUCUUUUCCCUCCUGCUUUGGCCAUUUACGUUCGAUCCAUCCCCAUUUGUAUUGGUGGUUGAAUCCAAGUCAGGUUUUGCUUUUCUUGUGUUCUUUUCGAGAAUUUGGCUUUUGUUUAGGCAUUGAUCGAGUUAAUGCGGAUUGAGAAUAGUUUAUUUGGCCGUCGCAAUAUAAUUUUGUCUUCAAUUUUCUUUCACUGUUUUUGUUUCGUGUUAGGGAAUCAAUCAGUGGCUGUUCAUGUUCGUGUUUUGAUUCGUGUUUGUAUGUGUUGUGUAGUGUUUGCGAUUGGCGUCUUUGUGGCAUGAUUAUUGGCUUUUGAUCUAUCGAGUUAAAUGCUGAUUGAUCUGUGUUCCGAUUCGCCCUCGACCAUUUCGAUCUGUCCUGUCGGAUGUUCUUUUUUUUUUUUUUUGAUGACGUUUGAUUGAACUCAUUGUGGUUUUUCAGACCUUAUUUGAGAAUAUCCUUGUUUUUACAUUAAAGUUUCAGGUUUAUCCCUAUUAUUAUUAUUACCAUUGUUAUUAUUAUUAUAUCAAAAUGGAUUGUGAAGAUGUCUACGACAACGGGAUGGAGCCAAAAUUCGAAUGCCUUCUCUUUGAUGUUGAUGAUACACUUUAUCCCUUGAGCUCUGGUAUUUCAGCAGAAUGCACCAAAAACAUCAUUGAAUAUAUGAUCAAUACUCUUGGAAUGGAUGAAGAGAAGGUUCCUGAAUUGUGUGCUCAGCUCUAUAGAGACCAUGGAACUACCAUGGCUGGUCUUCUGGCCACUGGAUACGACUUCGACUAUGAUGAUUAUCACAACUUUGUGCAUGGAAGAUUGCCUUACGAGUUGUUGAACCCUGAUGACACUUUAAGGAGCCUUCUGCAUAGCUUGCCUCUUCGAAAAGUUAUUUUCUCGAAUGGAAAUGAAUCCCACGUGGUUAAAGUACUUAGCAGGCUUGGAUUGGAGGACUGUUUCGAAGACAUUAUUUGUUUCGAGACGCUGAAUCCUCCUGACAGGAGGGAGGCUGCUGCUGAACUUCAAAACAACUCAGGUCCUAUAAUUUGCUGCAAGCCCUUUGAAAUAGCAUUUGAGCAAGCUUUCAAAAUCGCUCGAAUUAACCCCCACAAAACUGUGUUCUUCGACGAUUCAAUCCGCAAUCUGCAGACAGCAAAGCAUACGGGAAUGCACACUGUUUGGGUCGGAUCAGGGCACCGAACAGAGGGCGUAGAUUAUGCAUUAGAGAGCAUCCACAAUAUGAGGGAGGCAUUGCCAGAGCUAUGGGAAGCAGCAACUGCUGCUGUGGAGAAGACAGAAGUUUCUGCAUAUUCUGAGAAGCCUGCCAUUGAGACCUACGCUUAACCCUCCCUCCCAAAUUACACCUUUCAACUCAAUUAUAUAUAUAUAUAUAUGUAUAUAUAUAUAUAUUCAACUCAGUUAUCUAUCGUGUGUAUCUUUCUCCUCAUCUAAUGUCACCUGUAAGAACGAAUUCAGAAGAACGUAAGUAAUAGCUAGAAUGUAUGACAGUAUGUGUGUGAUCUUUCUUGUAAGGAAGAAUUUUCCAGGAAAGGAAGUCCACAAUCAAAUGCAUAUUGAGAACCAUCCCACAUCGGGUUGAAGUUGAAGUAUGGUUGUGCUUUGUCGAGGGUAUACAUUUGUAACGA